ACCUCCUCACACUUCUCAGUUCCCCUCGUACUCUCCUCUUCUCGGUUGCCGAAUGGAAGUCUCUCGGUGGAGCCAAUGCUACGCCGUCUUCUCCCAUAUGAAGAAGAACACCUCUGCUCCCUUGCUAGCCAAGAAAUCCAAAUACUCUGGCCAAUCAAUUAGAGCAAUUCCGAUUCGAAUAUUGACGGUGGGCAAGAGGAGGUCUCCAGGGGUGCAGCUUUUGGUCGAGGAGUACAUGGAGAAGCUCAGGUACUAUUGCAGCGUCGAGGAUGUCCAUGUAAAGUCUAAUCCAAAAAGUAGCAGCAAUGUGAAAGCUCAGAUUGAUGCAGAAGACAUGGUCAUUAUGCAACAGAUCAGACAUGAAGAUUGGGUUGUUGUGUUGGAUGAGCAUGGACUAGAUGUCGGAUCUGAGCAGUUAGCUGAUUUAUUGGGUGAUGCAGGAAGAACAGGUUCAACAAGACUUGCCUUUUGCAUUGGCGGCCCAUAUGGUCAUGGACCACAGUUGCGGAAUCGUGCUGAUGUAACGAUUCGAUUAUCUUCAAUGGUGUUGAAUCACCAGAUUGCUUUAAUUGUGUUGUUGGAGCAACUUUAUAGAUCAUGGACUAUCAUCAAAGGCCAGAAGUACCAUCAUUAGGAUGACUUAUCAGUCUUCUCAAUUUCGUGGCAAUUUCCUGGUAAUGUUGCAGUAUGCUAAGAUUACAAGUUUUGCUUGUUGACUUUAUAGGUGAGAUAUGUUAGUCCAUUUUAUUCUUGCCCAUGUUUCCCUGUUGUAUCUACAACCUCAAGUUUCCAAACCUUUAAUGUUUCAUAUUUGAUUCAAACUUCUGCAUUUGGUGCAGCCUGCAAUCAGGCAUAUAAAAACGAGUGUAAUCUCCUCGAGCUCAUCUAUUUCUUUGCAGAGUGAGCAUCAAUCGACCUGUUGAAGCUGGCUUUUUAAUUAUCCAGAAAAAAAGCUGUCCAUAAAGCAUCCACCCAACAUGAGAUGUGUAGUAAUUCAGAGGACUCGAUGAUGCCACCACUUCCACCUGCAAAUCCCAGACUGAUCAUGGAGUUCACACAGGACAGGAUGAGUUGCUCUGCAACAAUCACAUACAUGGGAUUAUUUUCCUAUCACGGUCGUGCCAUCCUUGUAGCAUGGACCUGUUAAAUUGUAUCUGAAGAAUUGGUUUUUGUAGGUCAUCUCGUUGCUUCCUGAUUGUGUUAUAUACAUGUGGAGGUAUUUGUUUUGAUGUAAAGCGAACAAAAUGCUCAUUAGGUUACUCUAAUCUAUACUACUUGUGAGGCUGUCACUGAUCGUUCUGUUAAAAAGUAACAAGUUGGAGCUUAUGGCA